AUGCAGUCAGCCCCACUUGGGUGCCCAGGCUGGAAAUCUUGCAAGGGUCCCCCCCCCCCCCCCCCCCCCCCCCCCCCCCCCCCCCCCCCCCCCCCCCCCCCCCCCCCCCCCCCCCCCCCCCCCCCCCCCCCCCCCCCCCCCCCCCCCCCCCCCCCCCCCCCCCCCCCCCCACCCCCCCCCCCCCCCCCCCCCCCCCCCCCCCCCCCCCCCCCCCCCCCCCCCCCCCCCCCCCCCCCCCCCCCCCCCCCCCCCCCCCCCCCCCCCCCCCCCCCCCUCCCCCCCCCCCCCCCCCCCCCCCCCCCCCCCCCCCCCCCCCCCCCCCCCCCCCCCCCCCCCCCCCCCCCCCCCCCCCCCCCCCCCCCCCCACCCCCCCCCCCCCCCCCCCCCCCCCCCCCCCCACCCCCCCCCCCCCCCCCCCCCCCCCCCCCCCCCCCCCCCCCCCCCCCCCCCCCCCCCCCCCCCCCCCCCCCCCCCCCCCCCCCCCCCCCCCCCCCCCCCCCCCCCCCCCCCCCCCCCCCCCCCCCCCCCCCCCCCCCCCCCCCCCCCCCCCCCCCCCCCCCCCCCCCCCCCCCCCCGCCCCCCCCCCUCCCCCCCCCCCCCCCCCCCCCCCCCCCCCCCCCCCCCCCCCCCCCCCCCCCCCCCCCCCCCCCCCACCCCCCCCCCCCCCCCCCCCCCCCCCCCCCCCCCCCCCCCCCCCCCCCCCCCCCCCCCCCCCCCCCCCCCCCCCCCCCCCCCCCCCCCCCCCCCCCCCCCCCCCCCCCCCCCCCCCCCCCCCCCACCCCCCCCCCCCCCCCCCCCCCCCCCCCCCCCCCCCCCCCCCCCCCCCCCCCCCCCCCCCCCCCCCCCCCUCCCCCCCCCCCCCCCCCCCCCCCCCCCCCCCCCCCCCCCCCCCCCCCCCCCCCCCCCCCCCCCCCCCCCCCCCCCCCCCCCCCCCUCCCCCCCCCCCCCCCCCCCCCCCCCCCCCCCCCCCCCCCCCCCCCCCCCCCCCCCCCCCCCCCCCCCCCCCCCCCCCCCCCCCCCCCCCCCCCCCCCCCCCCCCCCCCCCCCCCCCCCCCCCCCCCCCCCCCCCCCCCCCCCCCCCCCCCCCCCCCCCCCCCCCCCCCCCCCCCCCGCCCCCCCCCCCCCCCCCCCCCCCCCCCCCCCCCCCCCCCCACCCCCCCCCCCCCCCCCCCCCCCCCCCCCCCCCCCCCCCCCCCCCCCCCCCCCCCCCCUCCCCCCCCCCCCCCCCCCCCCCCCCCCCCCCCCCCCCCCCCCCCCCCCCCCCCCCCCCCCCCCCCCACCCCCCCCCCCCCCCCCCCCCCCCCCCCCCCCCCCCCCCCCCCCCCCCCCCCCCCCCCCCCCCCCCCCCCCCCCCCCCCCCCCCCCCCCCCCCCCCCCCCCCCCCCCCCCCCCCCCCCCCCCCCCCCCCCCCCCCCCCCCCCCCCCCCCCCCCCCCCCCCCCCCCCCCCCCCCCCCCCCCCCCCCCCCCCCCCCCCCCCCCCCCCCCCCCCCCCCCCCCCCCCUCCCCCCCCCCCCCCCCCCCCCCCCCCCCCCCCCCCCCCCCCCCCCCCCCCCCCCCCCCCCCCCCCCCCCCCCCCCCCCCACCCCCCCCCCCCCCCCCCC